AUGGAUCUGUGGAGAUUCAAAAGAUCGCUCAGAGAUCACGCGGCCAUUGUGCGUACCAAGCGUCACUGGGAAUCGGACAGAAGUUCGUGUACUGGCCAAAGCUGCUUCGAUGAGCCGGCCUCUUACGAAGAGUGUGCUAGAUCGGCCUGCACUUACGUCCACCAGAAAUUGGCAAUUGCAAAAUUCAUGGUCCUGCAGGCCAAGGAGAGGACGGCUGCCGCCAAAGGAUUCAAGGAACAGCUCGACGGCCUUAGGAAAGAGUUUGGCGACUGCAUCGUGCCUGGGAGAAACGGGGGCAUCAAGGAGGAGCACUGCGCCAGCGAGCAACACGCACUGCUUGUCGAAUGGGGCCUCACCAACACGAGCACGAUGGAAAGCAGCAGGGGUUGGGAGGACGACUUGAGAGAUAUGGUCCGGCUGAGUGUCAACAAGGAAACGGAAGAGAAGGCAAAGCUGAGAAAGACGAUCUUGACGAGGUCCAAAGAAGCCGCGAGGGUGUCAGCGUCAAUACGGCCGAGAAGACUGUCUGUGGUGUUGGAGUCCAGCGAAGAAGACUGA